AUGAGGACUGAUGAAGAUCUUGAGGCAAUGUUCUCUCUAUUUAAAAGAGUUACCCUCCAACUAGUUGGCGUUUCUUUGGGCUCUCUCGGCUGGAUUUUAUCCUGUAUUACAACAAGGCAUGCAGAGUGGAGGCUGUGGCUUGUGAAUAAUACCACCAUCUUCUCCUCUGGUAUUGCCCAUGUGGGAAUCUGGAAAAUCUGCUUUCCCCCAAACUUAAAAAUCUCCAGUGAUUAUGAUAUAGUGUGCUGUCACGAAUUCAAUUUCAAUGAAAACUUUUUCCCUGUGGAAAUGUUUCUUGCCCAGAUCCUCCUGCUCAUUGCUACUUUCUUGGGAGGAUUAGGAAUGUUUUUCACUUUCUUAUCACCAUGGCACUUUUAUAUGGGAACAAUGCGCAAAACUCAGGCUAUCUGCUUGUUUCUAGCUGGAGGGAUCUUAUAUAUAAUUGCAGGUCUCUGUGUCUUAGUCCCAGUGAGCUGGAAUUUCUAUUCAGUAGCAAACAAUAGCAGCAUCCCCUUUCCUCCUUCUUUCCACCUGCCCUCUGGCCCAGUAGCACAGAGAAUUGGGAUUGCUAUUCCUAUGGGGAUCUCAUCUGGCCUCAUGUUGCUUAUAAGUGGGCUCUUUUCCCUCUGUAUCAGAUCUCCUGUGACAUCAAUUAGGGUAAACCCUAUGAACCCAAGAUCUUAA